CAUCAUCAUGGAGGUUUCUUUUUGUUGCAACAUGUUGAUGCGCUUCCUUUACAUAAUCUCUUUGUUUCAUCUUAUGCAUUCGUCUCCUUCCAGGCAACUCUGCCAUGAAAAUGAGAGGUCAGCCUUGUUGCAAUUCAAGGAAAGCUUUAUCAUAAACAAGUCUGUCUCUUUCUAUGAUCCUAUUGCAAAUCAUAGGGUUGAAUCUUGGAAACUAGAAGGAGAAAAAAGUGAUUGCUGCUCUUGGGAUGGUGUUGACUGUGAUGAGGACACAGGUCAUGUGAUUGGCCUUGACCUCGCAAACAGUUGUCUCUAUGGUUCAAUCAACUCCAACAGUACUCUCUUCCAUCUUGUUCACCUUCAAAGCCUUAACCUCGCUUACAACAACUUUAACUACUCUCAAAUCCCAUACGAGGUCCCUUUAUCUUCAUGACUGUGGAAUGCAUGGGGAAUUUCCAAAAGGCAUCUUUAAGCUACCAAAUUUACUGGUUCUCGACAUGAAGUAUAACGAAGUUCUCACUGGUUCUUGGCCUGACUUUCAAAAUUGGAGCUCUCCCCUUGAGGAUAUGACCCUUGCAGGUACUAGUUUCUCUGGUGAGCUACCAGCUUCAAUGGGAAAUCUCGGCUCCCUGAUUGCUUUGGAUAUGUGGAAUUGCAACAUCUCAGGGUCCAUUCCUUUUUCAAUCGGUAACCUCACAAAUCUCAGUUACCUUAAGCUUUCACAAAACACUUUGGUUGGUAACAUUCCAUCUUCAAUUGGAAAUCUUAUCCAACUUAUGUUUCUAGACUGCUACGCUAAUCAAUUGACUGGUCCAAUCCCUUUUGAGCUUGCAAACAUUACACAAUUGACUACUCUUAGCUUAGGAAAAAAUCAAUUAACCAGUUCAAUCCCCUUUGGGCUUGCAAAGACACAACUAAGUUUCCUUUACUUGGGUUUUAAUGGAUUAACUGGUCCAAUCCCUUUUGAUCUUACAAACCUAACACGACUAACCAUCCUUGGCUUGGGCAACAAUAAAUUGACUGGUCCAAUCCCUUUUGAGCUUGCAAAACUAACACAAUUAACUAUCUUUGCCUUGUCAAACAAUCUUUUAACUGGUCCAAUUCCUUUUGAGCUUGCAAACCUAACACAAUUGACUACCCUUAGCAUGAGCUAUAAUCGAUUAACUGGUCCAAUUCCUUUCGGGCUUAGGAAGCUAACACGAUUAAAUAACUUGGAUCUUGCAGGCAAUAAAUUUCAUGGUCAGUUUCCAAUCUUAAUUUUCAAUCUAAAGAAUCUUAAGGCUCUUGAUAUUUCUGAUAAUCACCUCAGUGGUAUUAGGUGGAUUUGCAACAUGACUUCUCUUGAUGUCAUUGAUGUUUCUGAUAACUAUUUUAGUGGCUCACUUCCUCAAUGCUUGCACAAUAUGCUCCAAGGAAGCAAAUUGAGAAUGAUUAGUUUGAGAGGAAACAAAUUCCACGGAUUGUUACCAAGAUCAUUAGCCAAUUGUACAAUGCUAGAGGCCAUUGAUGUUAGUAACAACCAAUUCAAUGACAUUUUUCCCUCUUGGUUGGGAAAUCUUCCAAAUUUAAAGCUUCUCCUCUUGCAAUCAAACAAAUUCUAUGGUAAAAUAUUAGAAAAUCCUGAAUCCAAUCAUGAGUUUCCUAACUUGCGAGUACUUGAUCUCUCUUACAAUAGUUUUACAGGAAAAUUACCCUCAAAUUCUUUCAGGAAUUGGAAUGCCUUGAAAUUGGACAAUGAAGACCACCUGACAUAUAUUCAAGCAGAAAAAUCUUCCCGUGAGGGGAGUUUCAAUGCAUUUUAG